AUGUUGCUUAUUUUCCUCCUGCCGGCUGUUGCGAAUGCAUGGUGGGAUAAUGGGCACUUGCUAGUUGCUGAAGUUGCCAGACAGCAGCUGACGCCGCAGCAGGUGGCCCACAUCAACGAUAUUUUGAAGGACUUUGCGGAUGACUAUCCUGGCACGUCUGAUCUGGUCACCGCUGCGGUUUGGCCCGAUAUGCUCAAGUGCUCUAGCCAGAGCACAAUCUGCCCCAGGGAGGUGCUGGACAACAUCCACAUCUUCGACUCGUGGCACUACAACGAGAAGCCGUACAACCCCGAUGGUGUGAAGCUUCCAAUUUGCAGCGACAAGUGGCAGAACAACCCAUCUGCUCUGUACACUAUGACGUCCGCGAUGCUCUCUCUUGGCAGCAAUUCCCGCUUCACACAUAACUUUUUCCUGCGAUGGAUGCUUCACGUUGUGGGCGACAUCCAUCAGCCGCUGCACACGGUCUCCGGUUUCUUUGACAACCCUCAGCUCGGCAAAUUGACCUAUGGUGACCUCGGUGGCAACAGGAUCCCGGUGCAGAGCCCAUGCGGGACCUCCAACCUGCACGCCUACUGGGACUCUGCAGCCUGUACCUACUUGAUCAAUUGGUCGCCGGAUCUGGACCGCAGAGAGCUCUCAGCUAACGCAACUGCGUUGACGUCGAAGUAUCCGAAAACGUCAUCGGUUUUCGCUGGCCGCUACAUUGAGGAUGACCUACAGGACUGUUGGACAGCUGUGCUGGCAGGAAGGGCGGCCAAGCCUUUUGACGUUUGCCAGGAGGUAUUCCUCUCGUGGACCGACGACACAUACGAUUCUGGGGUUGCGAAAGCCUACACUGGCAUCACGUCCAACUCGUCAGUGCCGGCCGACUAUGCAGCUUGGGCAAAGGAGUUUUCCGAGCAGCAGAUCGUUCUUGGAGGAUAUCGUCUUGGAGGCCUCCUUCGGCUGGUUGCAUCACGCGUGGUGCUACCCAGUCCAGGAGAGAAGAACAAAAAGCCGCCGCCAGAAUGGACACUCACAGCAAAGCUUUUCGCGGCGCUCUCCCUCAUCCUGGUUAUACUUCUGGCCUGCCUGCUUAACUCGACCCUCAAGCUGCGCCGCAAGCUCGUCAACCUGGCCAUGACAGAGGGCCUGUCGCCUCGGGCUAUUGAUCCACAGGCCUGA